AUGUCCGAUUCUUACAGCAGUUCUUCGUACUACUACAGCUCAACGAGCAACGGAGGCGAUGGCACGACCACCACUGGCCACCGGUAUUUAACGACCUCGGUCACCAAGCCCGACGGCACGACCGUCGUGCGCACAGCCCGCCAAGAUCUGGGCCAACCCACCGUCGUUGAAGAGCAUCGCUACGACAGUACAGGGGAGGAACAGCUAGCGCUCCCAGGACCGGGCGGUUCGUCUGCAGGUGGAGUGCGGCGAAUCACAGAUCUCGAUGACGAGACGUCCGGAUCAUCCACUCUCGAGGCCGGAAGUGUGUAUGGCAGCGUAGCCUCGCCUCAUUUGGAGGAUAUGGCAGUGCCAUUCGGGACGAGGGUGGUGGAUGUAGACACCGGUGCUUAUGAUGAGCAUACAGAUUAUGAUACUGGCCCGACGACGCGGCAUCACCGGGAGGUGCGGGAUGCGGCUGGGCGCAAGUUCCACCGGGAUGUGGAAGUGGAUUCCUCGGGGUUGUCGUCGGUGGCGCAUGAGCAUCGGCAGUAUGACAAUCCAGAGACUGGGACUCAGUUGCAGGCGGAUGCUGAUGUCGAUGUGUCAGAGGUCAUUUAA